CUCCCAAAUUGAAGAGCAGCUGGAGAGACCAGAGCCAAGUGCCUGAGACCAGUUACGAAGAGCUUGACUUCCGGAGUACAGCAAUCGCAGAAAGAAGAGAGUAGGCUGUGCGAGUGGGGACAAGAUCGGAAGAACUGAGCAGAGUUGCACUGCAAAGCGUAUACCGCACAAGAACACUCCGUCAUGGCUUCGAACCAAGGGCAAUACUUUCCUCCUCCACCACCAAGUCAAGAAGGUCAAGACCAGCAGCAGUUUCGACCACCGCCUAUAGGCGGACAGCAAAACUUCUAUCCUCCUCCCCAGCAACAGCAACAGCAAGAGCACGCGCAACCACACUUCGCACCGCCACCGUCGUUCGCACCGCCUCCCGCCGUGUCUCCGAUCUCCACACAAGAUGCCGCACCGACUCCACCACCAGCACAGACAGGAACCGCACUGCCUUACUAUCCCGGCCCACCAUCCUCGCAGUCCUACCACGACGAGAAGCAGCCCGAACCAGCCGCCUCAAGUAACCGCCAAUCGAUCAAUCGACAGUCCUCCGUUGCCGGCGGCGCCCCAGCACCAGGCCACUUUGUCGGUGCACAAGCCACCACAGCCGACGACGUAGGCACCUUCAACGGCGGCUCCUACCGCAUCUCUCACCGCGACACAAACACGAUCGUCACGAUCCAGCUGGCCAUGGGUUGUCCCAUGGAAGUCAAACCGGGCACCAUGAUCGCCAUGUCGCCCACCAUUACUGUCAAGGGAAACUUCAAGUUCAGUAUGAAGAAGCUGCUCGCGAGAGGGGAGAUGUCGCAUAGUACCUUCACUGGACCGGGAGAAUUGUUGCUCGCGCCGUUCGCAUUGGGUGACAUCACGAAUUUGAGGUUGUCCGGAAAAGAGCAGUGGAGUGUCGGCAAGGAUGCGUUUUUGGCGAGCACGCAGGGCGUGACGAAGACGUAUGUGUCGCAGAACUUUAGCAAGGCCAUGUUCUCCGGAGAAGGCUUCUUCAUUUACAAGAUUGCUGGUGUGGGAAUCUGCUGGAUCCAGAGUAUGGGUGCAAUCAUUCGGAAGGACCUGAGGGACGGAGAGAAGUAUAUCAUCGACAAUGGGCAUCUUGUAGCCUGGAACUGUGACUACGUGCUGGAGCGUGUCGCUAGUGGCGGUAUCAUCAGUAACCUGAGUGCUGGCGAGGGGCUGGUCUGCAAAUUUACGGGCCCUGGAACUGUCUUCAUGCAGACGAGGAAUCCUCAGCAGUUUGCGCAGUACAUGGCUGCGCAUACGGUGGUGUAG